AUGCCACUAUUCAUGACUGAAUGGAAAUUCAAGAAACAAAAUGAAGAGCGGGAUAACAAUUCGCAACAUUUUUUUUUUCAGAACAGCAAUAUGGCCUCGCAUAUUGCUACACAUGUGUCAACCGUGGUCCUUGGAUUACUGUUUAUACUUCCUGGAAUUGUAAAAACAGUACGACUGAACACAACUCUGUAUCGGGAGAUGUUAAAGACUUUCAAGAAUUUCACGGAAGUAUCACCAUUAAAACACAUUGGAGUUGUCCCUAGUCCUCAAAUUUACAUGCAGUCCAUGGGCGUUUUUGAAUUAAUUCUGGGUACUACUUUGGUAGUUGGACACGUAUCUUUCAAGAAGUUCGCUUGCCUGGGGAUUAUGGCUCUUAUGAUGCUGACAACAUAUUGUCAAGUUGCUUUAAAAGAUUACAGUGCAGUCUUCAAAAGCAAGAUCAAGGCAUUUACAGUAGAUCUUGAUUCUGCGGAAGAUUUACAUGGAUUUUCCAGUGAGAAUGUUUGUAUUAUUCAACUCUACUCACAAUUUUCCGCCAAUCCUCCUCGGUUAGCUGUUUGGUGUUGUGCAGCUAUGUUGUUUCCUAAAAUUCAAUAUGGAAAUCCUAUUUAUAAUAAAUCCUGUAGUAGUUCUUCAUGCAGUGGCUUACCAGAUCUUCUGCAUAUUUUAAUCGUGGCAGCUGAUAGUUUUCGUCAAGUCUUAGAUGAUUCAUCCAGAUAUAAAAAAUAUAUUAGUGAAUAUGUAAAUGAAUCGAAACGUGUAAUUAUGCACCUUUACCUGGAAUUAGCGAAAGAAAGCAAGAAUUAUUCCUUAUGCUUUGCUAGAUUGAAUCGUUAUUUCCCGAUGAAAGAUAAGACUCCUGAGGUUCAAGAAUUCCGAGAAGGAUAUGUAAAACUCUUAGCUUCUGAACGUAAAUUUAACCGUUAUCUUAAUGAAAGAUGGAUGCCAGCUAGAACUAAAAUUUUAAAAAGGCUACAGAAUAUUGCGGUUUCCGUUGCUGAACAACUACCUGAGAUGAUUUUGGAUAAAGUUGGUACGUGUCAGUGGAAAUAUAUCGAUGGAAUACUGCUGAAGUGUAACACUAUUCUAGCUAUCAUUAUUCGUCAACAGCUACUUUCGAAAUCUUCCUGUUCAGCUGAAGAUAUUCUCGAAAUUGUUCAUGCCUAUAACUCUGAAUCGUGUCCAUCUCAGUUACUUGGUGAAACGAGUUGA